AUGGCUCUCAAAUUAAAGAUAAAGAUGCCAUCAUCUAGUGCAUCCAACUCUCCCCAGCCAGCACCAGCACCAACACCUCGACCAGACUCACAUUCACCAGAACAUCAACCAAAACUACCAAAACUCAAAAUCAAAGCACCGUCCAUGACUCCCGUGUCAUCAACCACAGACUCUUCUAUGACUUUGAAACGACCUCAAAAUGAACAAUCAGAUGGCGAAAAGCCCAAGAAACUUAAAUUGAGUUUAUCCAAGACUAAAGAAAAUGGCCGUCCCAAAGGCUUACCACGGGUAAGAGUUAAACCUACCCGAGUUCCUGGAGAAGGGUAUGAUUCUGAAGCACCUGAUUUAGAAGACGAUCCUUUAAUUGAACAAGGUAUAAUAAUACGUUUUUUAAAUGAUUCGAAUCUUGAUUUCGUACAUAAUGCAGUGGACUCUGGCGAUUUGACAGGGCUAAAUGUGAAAUGGGUCACCAAAGAGAAAGCUAUAGUCAAUGUUAACAGUACUCUUUAUUCAGCAAGAUUAGUUGAUUUACCUACUGUGACUGAAAUAUUUAAAACAGUCGACAGAAAGAAUGUUUUCAAAACAUUGGAUAUCUGUCAGAUUUUGUUAGUUUUACAUGUCGUUGAUCCAGCUAAAUUAAACAUAGAUACAGAUUUUGAAGUUCCAGAAGAAUUUCUUUUCAAUCAUCCUUUUUAUAAAUAUGUGAAAAACAACGAAAUUAAAAAGAAGCGAAUAGUACUCAAAGAUGGAUUAUUACAGCCAUUCCAGGAUGUGUAUCGACGGUUUCAUCCAACUAAAGUGGACCAUAGAGUGAUCUUGGACAUAGAAUCUAAGGUUGAUGAGUUGAUUAAACUUGAUAAUGAAGCAGAUGAGAGCCAUUUUGAAUUGUUGGACAGUAAAACAGCACAACAAUCACGAUUUGCUGCCAGUGCUACGCCAUCAGCAGUCAACUCACCAACAGCAAUGAAAAUGGACGGACCUGAAGUUGAACCUGAAAGAUUCAAUAAUGCACAAGACCAUGGAAAUGCAGAACAUGAUGACGAAGAUGAAGAUGAAGAUGAAGACGAAGAGGGCGAAGAAGAUGAUUUACAAGAUGAUGACAUGGAACUUCAUUUGGAACAAGAAUUGGAGAAAGCUUUGGAUGGGGAAUUGUCUGAGAGUGAAGUUACAAUCCCAACACUGAUGGCAGGUAUAUUACGAAAUGAUGUGGGUAAUGGAAUAUCUAUGACUAAUGGAGAACAAUCCGAGGAAAUCGAAGGAGAGGAACAAGAAGAAGAGGAGGACGAGGAAGAAGAGGAGGACGAGGAAGAGGAAGAGGAAGACGGUGAAGAUGAAGAAGAAGAGGAGGAAGAAAACGAGGAAGGAGAUAGUGAAUCUGGAAAACAACAUGUCAAAUUAUUAGAGGAAGAAAUCUCUGAACUUGAAAAGGCGGUUGCACAUCACCAAAAGAACUUAUCCACGGCUUCUAGUAAAAUGUUACGAAUGAAGUUCCAAAAUACAUACACAUCAUUAAAAGCUUCUUUGGAUCUGAAAAAACGUGAUUUAGCAAAAUUAUUGGAUGAACAAGAACAACAGGAAGAACACACACAACUGAAAACAACAGUAGAUGAAAAAUCACAAGAAGCAGCCGGAGACGCAGAUGCAGAAGAUGAAGAUAUUGAUCAAGGUGAUGAAAUUAAUGAGGAGAAUGACAAUAAUGGUGAUCUGGACAUUGGUGAAGAAAAUGUUGAUGACCUUGAUGAUUUGUUUUAA